UCGGCCAAGUUGUUGAAGUGUCCCACAUUGAAGUUGUGUCCGUCAAUGGUAAGGACACCCAGAAGAUCUCUGUGGAACUGCGUGAUACUGAGGAUGAACGUCUCCCCCUGGUGUUAUGGGGGAAGUUUGCAGAGGACAUCAGUGAUGCAGUUCAGUUGCGUUCUGAGAACACAGUUAUUUGUGUUCUGAGGUUUGGCAAAAUUAAAAUUUGGAAAGAUGAGCGUAGUGUCUCCAAUGCAUACAACGUCUCAGAUGUGACAGUAAACCCAGAGAACAUCGCUGAGGUCCAAGCUUUCAUACGUUUGCUACCAAAAGAUGAUUUGAAAUUGUCUAUUGUUGACUCUAAGCCGCUUGCGUUGGCGAAUGCUGUGUCUGAAAAGGAUGACUUUUUUGUGCACACACCUAGAAAGACUAUUGCUGAGGUCCUUGAAUCGAGACAGGUGGAGAAGUGUAUUGUAAUGGCCACAAUUGCGGGUAUCGACUCUGACAUGGGUUGGUACUACCUGAGUUGCAAGGUCUGUGCCAAGAAGGUAAUUACAGUGCCUAGCGACAACUAUGAUGAUGGAGAUGAGCACGAUGUUCUUGCAUGCAAUUACUAUUGUCCCAAAUGCAAGACUAACAGCCCCAAACUAUUGCCAAGGUACAAGUUGCAUUUGGUUGUUCUUGACAAUACCAAGGACUGCAAGUUUCUCCUCUUUGAUAAUCUGGCACUACAACUGCUGCGCCAACCAUGUAUUGAGCUCACUGGUCCUAUUACUGAUGAGAUUCAGGAUCCUGAUGUGUUGCCUCCCAUUCUCAACGAUUUAAAGGGAAAAACUUUUCUUUUCAAGAUUCAGAUUGAAAAGGAGAAUUUUGUUUACAAGCAUGACACAUUUAAGGUCCUCAAGAUUAUCACAAAUCUUGGAAUGAUAAAUGAGUUUGAAGCGGCCCAAUCUCCUACGGGAAGUGAAAACAUGCUAUCUGGGACAUUUUCAACUCAGUCUGAUGCACCUGAGGGGUCUUUGAUGAUCCAGGGUGGUUCAUCUGGGUCAACUGAUCUGACACCAGCAAAGCGCACCAGGACACCAAUCAUCAAUUUGGAGGAGGCUUUUGAUCAGAACUCGGUUACAAAAAUGGCGUGUACCAUAAAGGUCAAGAAAGAGAAGUUCGAAAAAAGUGGCUAGAGUGAGGAUGGGGUUAUUUGUGUGCUGGAGCAGAGGCUUUUGUUUCAUUUAUUUUGAGAUUUUCGUUUUGCAUUUUCAAUUUUUGGAUUUUAGUUCGAUUUGAAGUUCUUUGAAGCUUCAUAUCAUAUGUUGUUCAAGUUUAUUCAGAAAACUAAUAUGAUGCCUCUGCUCUUUAUGAGUUUCUA